AUCUUCAGAAGCAGGUUGGAACCGAAAAUUUUAUUCAUACCCUCAUUUCUUUUUUUUCAUAUUUUUUGUAAAUAGCAUUAUGAUAAAGUUGUAGGUGCGUUUGUUUUCUGAGCCGAUAUUUUGUCUGGCAAGUUCCUCAUCUACCUUAGCGUGCGGAUCAUCUAAACCUCCAAUCCUUUUGCUCUUGACGGGCGAUAUCUUAGAAGAACAAAGGAAAAUCCACUACCCACAAGCGUUUGGCGUGGGAAGUAUGGCAUUUUCCACAUCCGGGAAAACACUUAUAGCCGGUUUCUGGGACGGAUCCAUACGAGCGUUUUCUGUGCGUAAGAACACUGUUCUACUCUACCUCGACCUACACACUCAGACCAUUUCUCAGUUGCUUUGGGAGCAGGUCAACGGAGUGGAUCUAGUAAUUGCCGCCUCAAAGGACGAAAAACUGUCAUUAUGGAAGUUUUAA